CAGAUUCUUCGUGUAAAUUGUUAACACCCAUCCCAUUCAUGGUUACAACGUUGCUCGCUUCCCUGAACCCAUAAAUUCAACAUUCUUUCAUUACGCUCUCUCAGCUUUUGCUCUUGUAUCCCACCAGCUCCAAAAAAAUCUCCCUGUACUAAGUACCAAGAUCCUAAUUCAAGCCCCUUUCACGAUGUUCACUUCUAAGACUCUUGUUUCUCUCGCUCUCCUCGUUUCCCGCCUUGCUUUUGUUCAAGCCGGUAUCUAUGUAACGAGCCCAGUACAAUCAACUGUUUGCCCAGCAGGUCAGCCCUGCAGCGUAGAGUGGGUUGACGAUGGACAGAGCCCUCUCCUGAGCGACAUUGGAGAAUGCACUGUUGGCUUGUACAACGGCGAGAUGGCCCUGACGCAGUCGCUUCCCUCCGUCAACGUUGCGAGCGCGCAUUCCUUCACAUUCACUCCCAGCCCAUCCACUAGCGGUGAUGGCGGCUAUUACCUGGUGUUCACCUCAACCAGCGACGGUUACCAGAGCUGGUCCGGUACUUUUAGCGUCAGCGGUUCGACUGGAAGUUCUACCACUGACACCACUUCAACAUCUGGAUCUUCGACACUUGGAGGUAGUUCAACUAGACUCUCCUCCGUGGCUGGAACUACGACCUCAGUGGCUAAUUCUACCUCUACAGGUGGUUCUAGCACUGGGUCAGUGGCUUCAUCUUCUGCUCUGCUUUCAAGUAGCUUCAUAUCAAGUACAACUACGCUAUCUGUCCCAUCUAGCACACAAACUUCGCCCUCCGUUGCAAGCACCCUUUCCGUGCCAUCUACUAUUUCUUCUGGUACAAGCACAAGCACCCACAGUACCUCUGCCACCACCGUUGCCACUAGCGCGACCCCGUCGUCAACCCAAUCCGGCGCUGCCACUCGCGCUGGUGCUUCAACCUCAUUGGCCGGUGGUCUUGUUCUCGCUUUAGCUGGUGCUCUAGUAUUCUGAAGUGUUGGUAGUUUAGAGGGUUAGAGGACUGAUCGUGAUACCUUCAUUUUCUCUUUGAAUACCCUUUCAGAGACAUUUCGAUGACUUGCCAGUGGCGAUGCAUGACACUUUAUUGUAUAAUUCUUGACAGUUUACACGUGUUUGUUUGUUGAUAUCAUAGCGAUUAAUUGAUCGACGUCAAUCUUAUGAAUGAAGAGGUUAGAA